AGGUUUAAAAACAGCUGAGCUUUUCUAAUACGUUCUUUCUGUGUCUGAGAGUUAUUCAGUUUAAGAUGAUGCAAAACUAGCUGACACCCACGCAUAUAUGUUAACUGUCCCAAGAUUUUACCAGAACAGCAAAACUAUCAUUAGUUAUCAUGACUGUAUAAGGUUGAGCUGAUCAACAAUUACGUAUUCACGCACCUCCUUCAAAAACAGACAGUUCAUCUUCGGAACCGUCUGGCUAAUGCACUGUCAUAUGAAUUAUGCAACGCUUAAUGAUUUGCUCAAGAAAUGCUUAUGCCGUGGGGCAGGAUAUACAGUCUAAUUGUCACAAACCGGAUGAAUAUCCUAUCGAGUUAAUUGAGCUAAACUAUUGUGGAUUCUGAGGAUUUCAACAGGAGGGUCAAGCGCAUGCCUUGAUGAAACACUUGACAAGCUGGGUCGAAUAUACGACCCGCCACAUCAGAAAAACAAAAAUACCUCUUUUUCCGAUGUACUCAGCGACGGACAAACUUCAGUAAAAAGAAGGUCUUUAGCAUUUUUCGGAGGCUGACAAUUGCUGUGGGAGGGUGUUGAGAACUUUGUGUUUCCGGGUGAAAUCACAGCAUAAUAAUAUCCUGAAGUUAGGGAGUGUGAAUCUGGGAAGCGACCGGCAGCGCCGGAGAGCUGUGGCUGAGAGAGGCAGGUUAUCCGACAACAACGAGAAUGAUCGAGGAGGUUACUUAUGUUUCCCACCUGCUUUGAACUGUGUCCGGUUUGUAACAAAGCCUCCAAAAGAAGCCGGAUUUAUCAUUUUGCGCCUUUGCACGUUUAAUGACUUUGCAAACUGUUGGCAGGACGUGAGCGCGUUUUAAUUUCCUUAUUAACACAGCGAACAUCUCAAACAUUGAGUCUGGAGAACACGACUUUAAGAUGCUAUGCAAGCCUGCUGCCCUUGAUCUUCUGAAUAUGAAGGAGUGCUACAGGAAAUAAGUGUCUCAAGGUGACAUCAGGAUACAAACAAUAUCACAUCUCUAGAGAACAACAUGUCCCCUACAGCAAUCGACACAGUAGCACUAUCUUGGAUAAAAACAUCAUUUUUUGAGUGUGGAACGGAUCGCGUGUCAAAUUACUCAACUGCAUUUCCUUUGUAAAGAUCCCUAUGGUUGUCCUGGAGUCUGUUUCCCACAAUGCCUCCUGCAGUGAUGGAUACACUGGAUAUAUGGGCCGUGGACUCCCAGCUGACAAACGAUGUUUGUGUCGCCGUGGACUUCCUUCUCCCCACAGGAAUCUACAUCCAGAUGGAUGUUCCUCGAGAAGCUACCAUCCAGCACAUCAAACUGUUACUAUGGAAACAGGCCCAGAGCUACCCACUGUUUUCUUUCCUGGGGGAGAUGGAGUCGUACAUGUUCGAGUGUGUGAACCAAAGCGCUGUGCACGAGGAGCUGGAGGACGAGACGCGGCGGCUUUGUGACGUCAGGCCCUUCCUCCCCGUCCUCAAACUGGUCACCAGGAACUGCGGCCGAGCAGAGAAGUUACUGGACUCCAAAAUAGGCGUUCUUAUAGGCAAAGGUCUCCAUGAGCUGGACGCUCUGCAGGACCCCGAGGUGAAAGACUUCAGGACCAAAAUGUUCCGGAUCAGUGAAGACAAGAUGCAGAAGCUCCAGAUGAUGACAUGGAUGGAGUGGCUGCAGUGCUACUUUUCCCCUGUGCUGGACUCUACCGUCCCUGAUGGCAUCCAGGACAAGCUGAAUGUCACCAUGCAUUUCAGCCACUCCCAGGACACAGCUAGCCUUGCCAUAUCUCCUUACAUGACGCCCAACGAUCUGACGGAGCAGGCUGUGAAAAAGUGGCUGACCACGCACCGAUCGGAAGAAGAGGUGAACUCGAGCGAAUAUGUCCUGCGGGUCAGCACAAGGCUGGAGUUUCUCUUCGGAGAACACCCACUAAUCCAUUACAAGUACGUAAAGACCUGCAUGAUGUGUAAUGAGAGCCCCCACCUGACUCUCGUCGAAUGCUCCACGGUCAAGGAGAUGUUUGAAAAAGAAAUCUCUGCGGUUGGGACAGUUGUGAAUCGGAAGUCCUCCAAUCCUCCAUUUCCAUUACCUCCAAAAAAAAGAGGCGUUUCGCAAAUAUCAACCUGCGUUUGGGAUGUUGCAGAGCCCUUUAGGAUUACUCUUAUCAAGGGAAGCAAGGUCAAUGCAGAAGAAACGGUCAAGGUGCAGGUCAGGGCAGGGCUGUUUCAUGGCACGGAACUCCUUUGCAAGCCAGCGGUGAGCUCAGAAACCUGCGGGAAAAACGAGCACGUCUGGAACAAAACGCUGGAGUUCGACAUCAAUGUGUGCGACAUGCCGAGAAUGACCCGGCUGUGUUUUGCGGUCUACGCUGUGAUGGACAAAGUGAAGAAGCAGAAGUCGACCAAGAACAUACAUGCUACCAAGUACCAGACCAUAAGGAAAGCGGGGAAAGUGCACUAUCCAAUUGCUUGGGUGAAUACCAUGGUGUUUGACUACCGCGGGCAGCUGAAGACAGGUGAACUAAUACUCCAUGGCUGGUCAUCUUUUCCUGAUGAACUUGAAGAAAUGCUGAACCCCAUUGGGACUGUGCAAACCAACCCAUACACUGAAAAUGCUACUGCUUUGCACAUUCAUUUCCAUGAGUGUACCAAGUCCGCAGUUAUCUAUCCCCCCUUCGACAAGAUCCUGGAAAAGGCAGCUGAAAUUGCACGGGGUAGUGACUGCAUGCCUAUGGUUAGUCGAGGAAGCAAGAAGUUCCACAUCGAAUUGAAAGAAAUAAUGGAGCGAGAUCCCUUGUCUCAGCUUUGCGAGAACGAGAAGGAUCUCAUCUGGACUCUGCGUUACGACUGUCGAGAGAAUUUCCCCCAGUCACUGCCUAAACUGCUGCUUUCCGUGAAAUGGAACAAGCAUGAGGAUAUGGCACAGCUUCAAGCCUUGCUGCAGAUCUGGCCCAAGCUGAGUCCCAGGGAUGCACUGGAGUUAUUAGAUUUCAACUACCCAGACCAGUAUGUGCGUGAAUAUGCAGUGAACUGCCUUAGAGACAUGAGUGACGAGGAGCUGUCGCAGUAUCUCCUGCAGCUUGUGCAGGUCCUACGUUAUGAGCCUUAUUAUGACUGCGCCCUCUCUAGGUUCCUCUUGGAAAGAGCACAGGCCAAUAGGAAGAUAGGCCACUUCCUGUUUUGGCAUUUAAGGUCUGAAAUCCAUAUGCCUGCAGUGUCUGUUCAGUUUUCAUUGAUACUGGAAGCCUAUUGUCGGGGCAGCAUUCCUCAUAUUGAGGUUCUUAAGAAACAGGUCGAGGCACUAUGCAAGUUGAAAGCUGUAAAUGAAUUAAUCAAGCUGGGCACUUUAAAAAACGCCAGGAACAAAACUAAAGAGGCAAUGCUGACCAAAGAAGCGAUGAUGACCUGUUUGAGACAGACUGGGUUUGCAGAGACACUCUCUGAUCUCCAGUCGCCUCUCAAUCCCAGCAUCCUCCUCUCGGGAAUCCAUGUGGAGAGAUGCAGGUACAUGGACUCUAAAAUGAAACCACUGUGGGUAGUGUACAAUAACAAACUGCUAGCAGGGGAUACAUUAGGAAUCAUCUUUAAAAAUGGCGAUGACCUCCGCCAAGACAUGCUUACCCUGCAGAUCCUGCGUCUGAUGGACAUGCUUUGGAAAGAGGCUAAUUUAGACCUGAGAAUAGUGCCUUACGGUUGUCUAGCGACAGGAGACCGAACUGGUCUGAUAGAAGUUGUUUCUGCUUCCGAAACAAUUGCCAAUAUUCAGCUGACCAGCAGUAAUGUAGCUGCCACUGCAGCUUUUAACAAAGAUGCCCUCCUCAACUGGCUGAAAGAGAAGAAUUCUGGAGAUGCGCUGGAUCGAGCAAUUGAAGAGUUCACAUUGUCUUGUGCUGGCUACUGUGUAGCUACCUAUGUGCUCGGAAUUGGUGACAGACACAGUGACAAUAUCAUGGUUCGGAGCACAGGGCAGCUCUUUCACAUAGACUUCGGACAUAUUCUGGGCAACUUCAAAUCCAAGUUUGGGAUCAAAAGGGAGCGGGUGCCUUUCAUUCUCACUUAUGAUUUCAUCCAUGUCAUCCAGCAAGGAAAAACGGGCAACACUGAGAAGUUCGGCAGGUUUCGACAGUGCUGUGAAGAUGCCUACUUGAUCCUUCGGAAAAAUGGAAACUUAUUUAUUACUCUCUUUGCACUGAUGCUCACAGCAGGCCUUCCAGAGCUCACAUCAGUUAAAGACAUUCAGUACCUUAAGGACUCCCUUGCGCUGGGGAAAACUGAUGAGGACGCACUAAAACAAUUCAGACAGAAAUUUGAUGAGGCUUUGCGUGAAAGUUGGACUACAAAAGUGAACUGGAUGGCACACAAUGUGGCAAAAGACAACAGAUCUUAGCAGUUGCACCAGUGCCCGAACUGACUGUGGGAAUCUGUUUUUAAAGAAGGGAACAGUUGAAGUCUGGACCAUAUAUUGGCACAGGGGUGAUGUGAAUAACCCGAUUGUUGCACUGUCAGCUUCACUGCUUCUUCAAAACUAGACCAAGAUUUUUUUUGUUUUGUUUUCAUAUCUGUAUAUAGUGGGUAAUCGACAGUUGCUGAUUUUGCACGCUGGGGGCUACUGGUUUCUUUAUGUUCCUGUAUAUUUUAUUGACGAGGUUUGUGUGAAACAGCUAUAAAAAUGGCGUUAGUACACAUUUCUAUGUGACUGUAAUGAUAAUAUAUAUGUUCAACAGCUUUACUUCAACAGACAUGGUGAGACAUGAUCACAUUAAACACAGUUUAAUUAAAUACUGCUUAGAAUGCAAUAUAGGUAACUCCAAUUGUGAUGAGUUUCAGCCAAGAGAUUUUAGAUUAUGUACAUGUUAUGCAUCUGAGUUAUUGCAAAGUGACUGCUAUGAUAUACAAAUGUAAGGGCAAAAGACUACAAAAUAGGUUAGACUCAACAGAAUGGAAAAAAAAAAACGUUUCCUUUUAGUGAAACCUAUAGUGUUGCUGGGGGGGAAAAAACAACAAUUAAGCCAGACGUAUUUCGUCACAAUUGUAAUUCCUCUUUCAAAGAUUUGAAAAAUGUGCCUCAAAUGUGUGAAGAGAAGAUAUUUUAAAUUUAUGUGCUAGACUACUUCCUAAGCAUUGCUAGCAAAGCUUUGAACUUCCAGUCUAAAUGAUGUUAGAUAAUAUCAUUGGACUACUCUACACUGGAAUUUUUAGAAACUUAGUUUGGGAGUCUGGUUCAUGUUUUUAUACCAGAGAUGAGUGAAACUUUGAUGUGAUGUGCUAAAAUGAAGAUGUGAUUCUUAAAUUUCUUCCACUGAAGAAACUGGCUGCAGGUACAAAGCACUUUUUAUUGAAAUUUAUAUAACUGCCUUGUCUUAUUAACAGGUUUCAAUGCAGGUGUUUGUACUGUCACUGACAUGCCUGAAUUUACUUGCAAACAUCAUUCAGAAAACGGACAAAAAAAAUCUCAUUUUUAAAAUAUCAUUUUAAAAUGUUUUUAACGUUCUCGGCAUAAGACACCCUGACUUCAUGAAGCUAACGAAACUGAAGCUGGUUUGUUUUUUUCGUUAUGUGCCAAAAAACACAAAAGUAACAUUUCAGUACACAACAGGUUGCAUAGUUGCCUUUAUUUUUAUAAAUUUAACAGGGUAUAAGGUCUUGCUUUGGACACCCUUCUUACACACUCCAAUGUAAUCAUUUCAAUAAAAUGGGAAACAAAGUUUAAAACCUUAAAUCUAACAAGAAAGAAAAUCAAAGAUCGAAUGAUGGUAAAGUCAAAAGAAAUCCACGCCACAGGACCAAAAUGCAGUGGACCAGUUUUUAUGCCAAUUAUGACUUUUUAAUUUACAAUUAUGUUUUGAGCUUUAUAGGGAAUGUACCUUUUAAAGUGUCAAUGCAUGGAAAAAUUAAACUUGUUUAAAAUAUGUAUUUUUUUUAUUGAUGUGAUCUGUGAAGUAAAAGAGCAUUCAGUACUUUUCAGUACUAAUGUAUUUAAAAGCUAUUUUUUUUUUAGGUGCUCUUCCACCAUCAGCGGUUGAUUUGUGCAAUAUAACCAGAAAGUUCUGCAAGCCUGCUGUGUAAUUUUUUUUUCACUUUAUUUGUAAUGCUGUUCUCACACCAGUAGCCUUGAGUUCUUCUAGACACUGAAUAUUUGGAAGAUGUACAUGCUUUUGUUUUGUUGGUAGUUGUUUUUUCUCCAAAGGGAGUUUUAUUAAAGUUAUUUUACAUUUAACCUCUCAUUAUUCCAGUUUUUUGUAAAAGGAGCUUCUGUGGUCUUGAAGCACUCAGACACUUCCAUUUUUCAUCAAACCUUUAUUUUUAGAAAAGGGGAAACUGCAGUAUGUCCAUUAUAAAUUUCAAAUGUAAGAUUUAACAGCCCUCGUUUUAAUGUACUGCUGCAAACUUAAUGAAUCACGUACUAUGUAUUCCAAAAAGUGUAAACUAUGAAAAGACUACAGCUUCCCUUGAAUUCAAAAGAAGUUAAUGAAAUGCUUACCUGCUGAUGUUAAUGUCACAAGCCUUGUUGUAAUUUGCCCCUCUGUUGAGCACAUUUUGUGAAUGCUGCAGGCACAUUUCUGCUAAACUGUAGGACUAUCAAAUAACUUCCUUUUUGUAUGGUACAAGCAUAUGGAUAAAAUUUCCAUAAUUCCCGUUACAUGCUUUUUCGCAUACGUCUUUACUCUCUGUGUUUUUAGCUAUUCAAAUUGAAAUGGUACCUCUCUUCUGUAUAUAGCAAUUAAUCAACAACUUUACAGCUACCUUCUGGAAAAUUCUAUCUGCAAAAGUUAUGCAUUUGAAGAGCUCUGUUUGAAUUUCGAGUUUGAAGAUAUCUGGAGGUUUUCUGCGAAAGGAGAUGUAAAUGACAAGUUUAUUAGGGGUUGCUGAAAGAAUGGACCACAUCCUUCAAAUGAACAGUGAACAAACAAGCAUGGAGAGUAGAGGUGGCUGUUUUUGGUACUCCUGUACAUUUUAGAACAUGAUACCAAAACAAUGUCGGUGAAGUCUGUGUGAUGCUACCUUCAUUUUAACAGUGGAAAUAUUCUGCACUUUAAUAGAUCUGAACUGGAAUGUCUGAUUCCCUGUUCAUGUACUAAAACUGAUGGGGAUCUGAAACUGGCUGGCUGAACCAACAGCCUGUUCUUGAGAUUAUCGCUAAUUAUUCAAAAAUCUGCCCAAAUUAUCCCAACUAAGGGUUCAAAAUUAUGUCACCAAUGCCUGGGACAAGAGCUAAACUGGUUCAGAUAAGCAAAUCUGUUAUGUACAGUAGCUAAGAAUACAAGUUAAAAAAAAUUGCUUCUGAUCUUUGCUGUAUACAAAAUGUUGGUCACCUGUUUAAUUGUCACCUUCCACAAGUUUGAUCAGAUAGGUCCGUUUUAGUUUGUAAGAAAAUUAAUUGCCUGACUUUAGGUUGCUUUCUUCAACAGGAAGUUGCUCUCGAAUUGUCGGAGCAUGCCAGCUGUUCCUGUAAGAUUUUGUGGUGUAGUGGUUCUCAUCUGUCUGCCAUGUGAGCAAAUGAACUUUUGCCUUCUGCCUAAAUUGUAAGCAGACUAGAGUAAUUGCUCCAGACUAACAGCCUCUGGGUUGCUCAAUGCUAAUUUAAGGACAUACAUUUGUAUCUUUUUUCUUUUUAGAAAUUAAGUUUAUGAAUAGUAUUUAUCUUGUUCUCUCCCAUGUCAUGAGGCAGUAAAGCCAUUGUAUGCAGGCUUUAAGUGUGCAAGUAAUUUAUAUAGAAUUCAGGGGUUUAAAAUUGGUAAUCAAGGUAGGUUGUGAACAGUGUGAAGGAAAAAAGCAUAAUUUGCUUAAAUAUGGUAUGUUAACAAAUAUCCCAAAAUCCCAAAGGAACUGGAAGUCCAUUCUAAGCUGCUAUUGGUAUUCACUGUAAGACUGAAGAUAAGAGAUGAAACACUAAAAGUAUUAAACGUUUAAAACUCUUGUUUUGGAUUUCUGUAAGGGUUUCUAUGAUUCAGUGUAUCUUGUUAAAGUGAAAAUAAAGCCUGGUUUUAAGCGAUAUUA